GUGGGAACCUGAUGUGGACAACGACACUUAGACUAGCUGUAGGCCGCGUGGGAGCGCAUGUAUGUAUCAUCUGACAACUUACAUUGAAGACCGCUGCGCCAUCACUGCAAGACGCUGGCUGUCAUGGAAGCCUCAACAACGCCCCCAAAGGUCGCUCAACCCCUUUCCGAAUUCACCACUAUCGGCCACAACACCUACCUCUGGGCCCCAUCGUCCCGCAAUCCCAAGUUGCCUCUGAUCUUGUUAUUUGCUUGGAAUGCUGCAGCCGCCAAGCAUAUUGCGAAGUAUACAGCCUCCUACCAACGUCUCUUUCCCGGCUCCGGGAUCGUUCUUGUACGGUGCUAUACGUCCGACAUGUUCACACGCAGCGCGCGCUAUCCGACUCUCCUGGCUCCGGCUCUCGAUUACGCUCAUCAGCACACAGACGCAGGCGGCGAGUUGCUGGUGCACAGCUUCUCCAAUGGCGGAGGCAACCAAAUCAAUGAAUUUGUCAAGGCUUGGAGAGCCAGGUAUGACGGCAAAUUGCCUAUGAGAGUGCAAAUUAUGGACUCAAGUCCAACAAAAGGACCGUGGAUGAAAAGUUACGCUGCUAUCUCUGCUGGGCUGCCAAAAUCGUGGUUUUGGAAGUGGUUUGGGGGAGUAUUGGUGCAUUUGCUCUUGUUUUGCUCGUUCGUGGUCAACGUGGCAAGGAGGAAGGAGAAUAAGAUGGUGGUUCUGUGUCGGGAAUUGAAUGAUGAAAGAACAUUUGAUAACUUGAUACCUAGGGUUUAUUUGUACAGUCGGGUGGAUGAGAUGGUAGGGUGCGAAGAGGUUGAGGAGCAUGCUGCUAUUGCGCGAAGCAAAGGCUGGGACGUCACGAUGGUGAGAUUUGAAAAGAGCGCGCAUUGCGGGCAUAUCAGGGAAGAUGAGGGCAAAUACUGGGCCGCAAUAUUGGAAGCGUGGAGGAACGGCAAGUGCAGGUGAUGUUCCUUAUACAUUUCCGAUAUACAAUCGUUGUGCAACUAGAGACGAAUUGCCACCAUUGACAAGUAUAUAUUCCACAAUAGACCACAGAAGCUAAGAAAGAUCAUACGUCGCUCGACUGCGCAGUAGGUGGUACUGAAGAAGUUGGCAAUGGGCCAAACCUUGUACGAGUCCCAGAU